AACGCGAAAUAUUAAUUAUAUAUAAUAUAAUAAUUAUAUGCAUUGAUAAAUUUUUGUUUCUAACAAAUGUUAUUAUAUAUAAAAAUGAAUAUAUAAUAUUCAAAAAUAAGGAAAAGAUAGAUUAGAGUUAAAAAGAUUAAAUUGAUAUAUAGUAAAUAUUAUUCGAAGGAAAGAUAAUUUUAUUUGGAAUGUGAUAUUUUUGAAAUGAUUCAUGAAGGCAAAUUAAUAUUAAUUUAAAUUAUUAAAUAAUUAUUAUAUAAUUAUUAUAUUAUUAAUAAUUAUUAUAUAUAAAUAUUAAAUAAUUAUUAUUAAUUUAAAUUAAAUAUCUAAAUCAAUCAAUUUAUCAAGAAAUGAUAGACAAAAAUAAUAGGUAAUUAUUUACCUAUUCAGCUUCUAAGUAUUGUUUAUUGUUACUUGAAGAUUAUAUAUAUAUUAAAUAUAUAGAACCGGUUUUAUUUCUGGAAAACCCAGAUCAUCUUGAGGUCAUGGAAGUCAUAUGAAAAAGAGAUAACAUAGAAAGAUAUUUUCUUUAAGUGAUAUAUAAAUUUUAAAGAAAAUGUCAAUACUUUCAAGUUUAUCACGUCGUUUUCACAUGUUAACGACCGAUGCAAAACCUGAUCCGCCGCGAAUACCGAUUAAAGGAUAUACACACAAUUUAGAAUCAAUAAACGAUGAAACAAAGAAAUCCAAUGCUACUACAGAAUCACAAUUUACACGAAAUAAUAUAACAUCCGAAAAGAGCGAUGCAAUACCUAUCCCAAGUGUUAAUUGUCCUACUAAAGAACAAUAUUUGAAUGAUACAAAAAGUUCUGCACAUGAUUCAAAAGAACAUGGAAGGCCGAAUAUUAAAACGAAAAAAAAACCAAAGCAACAUAAAUCUUCAAAGGGAUCACACGUCAUAAAUUAUAAUAUAAUUAAUUCGAGUGAUGUGAAAAUUGGUUCAAGAACCAGUUAUAUUUGUAAUAUUAAUCAAUUUUCUAAGAAUAAGGUUGAGGAAGACGUAAGAUCGAAAACCCGCCAAAUGCCAAUAGAAGUAAAACGUUUAUGUACUUGCAGUGAUGAAAUUACUUUAGAUGAUAUAUUUAUUAUUAAGACUUAUAUUGGAUAUGGUUGGAAAGAUGUCGCUAGAAAAUUAUUAUAUUUGGAUAGUCAAAUUGAACAAUUUGAAGAAAAUUAUAAAUACAGGGGCAUAAGUGAAGUAAUCUAUCAAAUAUUGCUCGAUUGGAAACAAGUUAAUACAAAAGAUGCAGAAAUCGGUAAAUUGAUAAAUAUAUUAUGGACAUGCAAAGAAUACGAUUGUGCGGAACAAUUGGUAUCCGUUCGCAAAAAUUUGAUAUAAUCUUUCUUAAUAUGUGAUAUAUAUGUAUAUAUGUAUUAGAUUUUUUAAUGAUUUAUGUUUCAAUUAUGUUUAAAUAAUUGUUAUAUUUAUAAAUAAAAAUUAAUCUUAUUAAUUAUAUAUAAA